CCACGCCCGGCCUGGUCGCAGGCGGCUUCCUGUGGGCCCGCCUGCCUCCUAUCUCGUCGUUUCCCGGCGUUGACUGUCUGGGCCGGGCCUGGGCCUCGGCCUCCCCGCGUCCCCUCUUCCCCUGCGGCCUGGACCUGCCUGAGCUCCCCAGCCAACAGUCCGCCAUCUAGUUCUCCGGUUGCCCCCGCCUGGUCCCGCUCCUCCGCGGUUUCCCGCCCAGCCGUAGCUUCCCCUUUUGCCUUCGUCGGCCGCCCUUUGCCCCUUCCCGCCCUUUCGUGCUAGCUUGUGAGCCCGGUGCUCGUUGGCCCCUUUCUCUUCGGCCUCAAUCCUUUCUUCUCCUGCUUUCCUUGUGCCUUGGCCCUGCUCCAGCCGCUCUUUUUGGCCGGGAGACCCUCUGAAGGGGGCAGCUUCUCAGCUCGAGACCCUGGACGGGUAGACGCCCUGGACAGCUCUCCAUUCGGCGUUGUCCCUUAUUUCCAUGUCCCCCAAGUUUGCCCCCGACUCUGUUUAACCGCGACAGAGCCAGAGUCUGGGUGAAAAGGAUUAACGUAGUGUUUUGGCUGUGGCACUGAGAGUGUUAAGGGAUGAGUGGGUGUGCAAAGAGAGGCGUGAAUGUGUUUUUUGUCCUAGGUGCCGAUUGUUUCAGUUCGGUCUUGUUUACCUCUUGCAGAGUUGCUGGGCAGGGUUUUCUACCCCAGACUUCACGCUCUCCGCUGGUCUGGGAAAUUUUUGAAAUCUUUUAACACUGUGGAUGACACGCUUACUCGCGGAUCCCUUAUUUAUGAUUCUCAGGUCUUUUCGGGGGUCCUGGAAAAGUUAGACCGAGGCUUGGGGUUCAAGAGGUCUUGGUUAAAAUGGCAAGAUGUAAAUUAGAUUGUGACACAGAGUCGUCGACAGAGAAAACCAGGAAUUUGCCCUUUUGAUGGAGGAACUUUAGAAGAACUUGACCAUUUUUGAAAGAUUGGGGAAAAUCCAAGGCAAAGUUAAAUUGCCCUGUGUGAUUUUACUUAAUACAAAUAACUUCUAAUAGGCCUUUAAAAGUUAGAUCUCUUUGGAGAUUAUUCAACUUAAAUAAGUCACUGCAGUGAAAACGGCAAGAAUGUGUUUGACAAUUUUAUUAAUAAUAGUUAAUGAGGAAGGACAAACCAAUUAUAUCUGUAGUCAGGAGUUAGUUGGACUGCUCUUGCUUUCCGUGAAUGGGAAGCUGGGAAUACAGAGCAUAAUAAGCUUUUUGUAAUUACAAACAUGGCUCUCAUCUGGUAUUUAAAGUCAUGUCUACGACUCAUGUUUGUUCUGGGUUAAAAUAACUGAACAAAAAAAAGUAUUAACGGGAACAUCCGUAGUAGUGUAAAAACUUUCACAAUGAAAUCUGAAGCCAAGGAUGGAGAGGAGGAGAGUCUACAAACCGCUUUCAAGAAAUUAAGAGUGGAUGCAUCAGGGUCCGUAGCAUCUCUUUCUGUUGGAGAGGGCACAAGUGUCAGAGCAUCCGUCAGAACAGCAGCAGAUGAUACCAAACCUAAAACCACAUGUGCAUCUAAAGAUAGUUGGCAUGGGUCUACAAGGAAGUCUUCACGAGGAGCAGUGAGAACUCAGCGUCGUCGACGUUCUAAGUCUCCGGUCCUUCAUCCUCCAAAGUUUAUUCAUUGCAGUACAAUAGCAUCUUCUUCCAGCAGCCAACUCAGGCACAGAAGCCAGACUGACUCCCCUGAUGGCAGCAGUGGGCUGGGAAUUUCAACUCCUAAAGAGUUCAGUGCAGGAGAAAGCUCAACUUCUCUUGAUGCUAAUCAUAUGGGGGCAGUCAUUGAGCCUUUGAGAACUUCGGUUCCAAGGCUCCCAUCAGAGAGUAAGAAAGAAGACUCCUCUGAUGCUACCCAAGUCUCCCAAGCAAGUCUCAAAGCCAGUGAUCUCUCUGACUUUCGAUCUGUUUCCAAGCUAAACCAGGGCAAGCCAUGUGCAUGCAUAGGCAAGGAAUGCCAGUGUAAGAGAUGGCACGAUAUGGAGGUGUAUUCCUUUUCAGGCCUGCAGAAUGUCCCUCCUUUGGCUCCAGAACGAAGAUCAACCCUUGAGGACUACUCUCAGUCACUGCACACCCGAACUCUGUCUGGCUCUCCUCGCUCCUGUUCUGAGCAAGCUCGAGUCUAUGUGGAUGAUGUGACCAUUGAGGACCUAUCAGGCUACAUGGAGUAUUACUUGUAUAUUCCCAAGAAAAUGUCCCACAUGGCAGAAAUGAUGUACACCUGAUAGCAGGAAGCUAAUCCAUUUGCUUUAAACCAAUGAAGGGUUAUCAAAGAGAUUUAGUUAAUGACAGACCUUGCAGCCACUUUGUGUGAGAAGACAUCUCUUUCUGCUCACUGUGCUUGCAAUAAAAACUUUUCUUGGCAUCUCAGUUAAUCUUAUCUUCAUUCUUUAAACUUGCUCUCUGAGUUCUUACAUACCCAUCAAGGCAAGCAGAUCAAAGAAAAUCCCUCUCAUUUAGAAAUGUCCCUGGGGGAUGAAGAAACCAUAAUUACUGGAAACUGGCAGAAGGGAGUGUGUUAUAAAAGCCUUUGUAAUACAGUGCAUUUUUUAGAUCUGUUUAAGAUUUGGUAGCCAAGGAAACACAGAUGUGGUUUUGUAACUGUACUGAAAAUUUGUUGUGCUGUAGUUGCCAGCCCUUAAUAUUAGAAGUUACAAGACUAAUUUAAACCAUCUCUGAUUUAACACAAGAUUUAUUGUAUCUAUAAACGUUUUUAAUGUUAUUGUUAAGCCAGAGAUCUAAAGUUUAGAUUCAAUUUGAAUAAACUAGCUGGCCUGCCCU